GGUUUCCGUUUAGUCUACCAGAUGUAGCACCUUAGCGUACGUGUCAUUCAUCGAGUAAAUGAGCAAAUGCUCCCAAAGCCCAGUGAUGGACCAACUCAAAGUGAAGGACCGCAUAUUGGAAAACAUCUCGCUGUCUGUCAAGAAGUUACAGAGUUACUUUGCAGCGUGUGAGGAUGAAACUCCAGCUAUCCGCAAUCAUGACCGGGUCCUUCAGCGUCUUUGUGAACACAUCGACCAUGCUCUGCUGUAUGGGCUGCAGGACAUCUCGUCAGGCUACUGGGUCUUGGUCGUUCACUUCACCAGGAGAGAGGCUGUCCGGCAGAUAGAUGAGCUUCAGCACAUAGCCACCAACCUUGGUCGAAGUCGAGCAUGGUUGUACCUGGCAUUGAGCGAGAGCUCUUUAGAAAGCUAUCUGCGCCUCUUCCAGGAGAAUCAAGGACUGUUACAGAAGUAUUAUUUCAAAAAUGCAUUGGUCUGCAGUCAUGACCACCUCACGCUCUUUCUUACUCUGGUGUCCGGCCUGGAGUUCAUUCGCUUCGAUCUGGAGCUGGAUGUGCCCUAUCUAGAUGUGGCUCCAUACAUGCCUGAAUACUACAAACCACACAACCUGCUGGACUUUGAGGAAAGGCUUCCCAGCUCAGACAGCUUGUCUCUGCACUCCUUCACCUCCCUGACAUCCACCAACCUGGAGUGGGACGACAGUGCCAUAGCUCCCUCCAGUGAAGAUUAUGAUUUUGGUGACAUGUUCCCCGUGUUGCAGUCACUGCCAAGUGCAGACUGGGAAGAGGGUGACCUGACUGAUCAGGCCAGCUGCCCGCGGUCCGCUGGUUCUGAUCCCCAGACGGUCAUCAGUGACACAGUAGUGGGCACGACGAUGGGGAAGGUGGCUGCUCGCCUUUCUCCGCACAGCCCCACAUCACGACACAACCCCUUCAAUGAAGACUCUGACACAAACACCUCAGCAGACGUCACACCGGUUCACCUGGCCAUCCGUCACAAUACCACUGGUGAUGAGUCAGAGAUCAACAGCAAUGAGCUUGAAGUCAUCAGGAUGGCUAAACGCAAGAAACCAGCCAAGAAGCGGCGUGGGAGGGGAUCUACGGAUUCCAGCAGCAGUAUACAUACCUCACUCUGCUCUGAACAUGUGGAGAUGAACCACAGCACCUCAGAGAUUGAUUCAAUAAACUCCACUGUAUUGCUCCUAGACAGUGAAGGAGAGCAGAGCAGAAGCAGGGUUGGGUCAGCGAUUGCGGAGGAAGGAGUAGAUGGGCUGCUACGGCUCCCAGAGAUGGCGGACACCUCCAUGGACACUGUUGGAAAACCUCUCUGUGACGUCAUGGAGCGACUCAACGGGUCCUGGGCGCACCCAGAGGAGCAGGAGGAGAAAAACAAUCAAAGCUGUGAUCAGACCUCUGAGCCUCCUGCUCAGCAGCCCUUUCGCACGGAUUCAGAAGGAAAGCCUCCUGACCCAGCUCCAGGACAGACAUUCGACUCCUCCCUGGACGAAAGACCUGACUUCCUGCCGACCUCUCCUGUGUCUGCAGACCUAUGCUGCUUUACCCCCAACAGUCCAGACUCUGCUGACACGAGUGGUGGCCACAAUGACUCUACAGAGCCUAGCCAGUCACAGACUCUUUCAGGUAGCCUUGAAGAUGAAGAAGAAUCUGAAGCACCAGCAGGACAGAAGUCCCACAUGAAGGAGGAGGAGAGCGUACAUGGAUGUCUAACAGACAGAGGAGCAGAGGAAACAGGCCAACAGCAAGAGAAACUCAGUCCUUCUGAAAUUUCUCAUCCAGCAGAGUUCAAGGUGGACAACAACCACCUGCUUCUUCUCAUGAUCCAUGUAUUCAGAGAGAAUGAGGAGCAACUUUUCCGGAUGGUGAGGAUGAGUACAGGUCAUAUGGAGGGGGACCUGCAGCCUCUUUAUCUGCUGCUGACUGACUGUUACAUCUACUUACUAAGAAAGGGAGCAGCUGAGAAACCCUACACAGUAAAAGAUGCUGUUUCCUACAAUGAGCUUGACUAUCUCUCUGUGGGCCUUGACCAACAGACAGUAACGCUGGUUUGCACCAACAGAAGAAGAAAGUUCCUGUUGGACACAGCUGAUGGCUCCCUGACUGUCUGGUUCCUGUCUGUUCUGAAGUCAGCCAUGGUGCAGGGUUGUCGAGAGCCUCCCUAUCCUGUUGUUCUAACAGAUGCCACCAUGGAAAAGCUGGCUUUGAAUAAGUUUGUCUCUCAGGAGUGUCAUUGUGAGGUAUCUGAAGUGUCUAUUCAGCUCUAUUCAUUGGUUCACUGGGAGGACCCAAUGGACAUGACCAUGUCUCCCCAAGGGGAAACACCUACCUCUGGAGUCCCUUCCAGUACCAAAGAAGGUACUCUGCAGUACAGGUCUGGAACCACAUACCUGGGUAAAGAGCUGUGGAAAAGCUGCUACGUCGUUCUCAGAAAUGGGAUCCUGUACCUGUAUGCAGAGAGGACAGAUGUGACCCCCCUGCAGUCAGUCACCAUGGGAGGGGAACACUGUGGAGGUUGCCGACGCUCCAACAACACAGAGCGUCCUCACGCCUUCCAGGUUAUCCUGACAGAGCGCCCCCCGCUGGUGCUCAGUGCCAACAAUGAGCAAGACAUGGCUGAGUGGAUGCAGCUUCUCUGUCAGUCUGUUUCCAAAGGGGUGAUCCCUCAGGGUGUGGCCCCCACCCCAUGUAUCCCAUGUUGUCUGGUGGUGACGGACAAGAAGCUGCUAACUUGCCAUCAGGACUGCCAGACGAGCUUUUUCCGUUCGCUGGGCAGCGCUGAAAUCUGCGAUGUGACCUCCGUGAGCUUGGAGCCCGGCAAGGAGUAUUGUGUUAUUGAGUUUGCAGCAGACCGGACCCUGUUCCUUCCUCCAUGGGUGUUAUACUUCAGCGGCUGUGAAGAGAGGGAUCGGCUUCUGAAGGCACUGGACAAGACGUGGAAAGCCAUUUUUCAGGUUGACCUCCCCCACAGAGAGCUGUUGGACCCACUGGUGCAGAAGCGCUGCGGCAAGGCCCUGGAGCUGAUGAAGAGUGCCUGGCAGCGCGCAGACAGCCUGGCUCGGGGCAGGGCUCAGCGGGAGCCCUGGUGCUGACAGACUCAGUCAUCCACAUAUUUAAUCAUCCAUGUGUGUGUUUCACAUGUCAGAAUAGCUUUCAGAAGUAACGUUCUGGGCCAGCACAAAUCAGUCAGUAGACAAGCCCAUCAGACCUGAGGAGUUAAUUUUACUAAAGCCAAGUUUCAGAGCUGUUUUCAUUUAGGAACAUUUAAUGCUAAUGUUGCAAUGCAUGCACACUGAGAGAUGUCCUGCAGCAGAGGACAAUAAGAGAUUCCUCCAGAAUAGCUACAUUUAGAAGAAAUGAUGAAGGUAUGUUGUCACAUGGCUCUAACCUUUAACUUAAGUCUUAGGAUUUAGGUAUGACUGAAGCAUGACAGGAAUCAGCAGCUGGGAGCUUUAUUAAAAAUAUUAUCAAUCUGAAUGCUUUGUAUUACAUACAUCUGGAUAAGUGUACAAUUUUAUCCUGUGCACAGAAAAAUAUUUACAGCAUUGACGGUUUGCACAACUCACACAACUUUGUAAAUUUGAAGGUCUUUUUUUUCUCUGAUGCUAAUGCUAACAGUUAAAACCUGUCUGACUAAAGAUGACCUGAGGUGCAAAGGUACAGCGCUUUACAGUGUCAGUGCAUGGUCGCCGACGGUGGUCUGAUAUUCAGAUUAGCGUGUGGUGAGCAAGGGCACAUACCCCCACACUGAGCUGUUCUCACAUAAACGUUGGACAGGACCCUGUAGGGAUGGGGAUCUGAAGUAGACCUUAAUAUUUUACAGAUAUCGUGCACUCUGGGAAACACACUUAUGCCUGAAAUGUCUUGUUUUUUUCAGUUGAAAUGUUUUCACCUAAAUAAUUUUGCCUUUUUUUCCGCUUGAUGGAGGUCUGCACAAUGUUUUUACUCUUAUUUGUUUAGAUAUUUUCUGGGUUUAUUCUUUUUAUUUUCCAGAGGUUUUGGAAAUAUGCAUUUUUAUGAAGUAUUUAGUUUGCUAACUGAUUGGAUUAGUUGUGAUUUUUCAGGUUUUUGCCACUAUUUAAAGUGUUCCAGUCUGUUUAAAUAAUACUUAACAGAAUAACGUAUUAUUCCAACUGUCUUCUUGCUUUUAUUUUGCAUCAACAGCUGAUAGCAUUGAGCUUUUAUUUAUAAGCUAAUAUAAGUAAUAAUAAUUAUCAUUGUGUUGCAGGAUGUAAAAGGAAAUUCCCACUUUGUCAGCUUAAUUCCCUUUUUGACGAAGGCUAAUUCGAUAUUAAAGCUCAGGAGGGAAUAUAAAUUGCACAAGAGUUGUACUUUUUGAUUAUUAGUAGAUUAUAAGCAUUGUCUCCAAAAAUCUGUCCUACGUAACUUAAUUGGUGUCCCCUGACCAUUUCAUAGGCUGUGCUUUAACUGUCAUUAAAACAUGAAUGUAUUUUUUUUUUUUUUUUUUGCAUUGACAAUUGUGCAUUUUAUGAUCUGUAAUGGAUGACUUGACUUAGUUCAAAUAAAUAAAGUUUUUUUUUACAUUUUAUUCAGAUGCCUUAUCGAGUACAAUUAGGCUGGAAUCAAUGAAACGUUUAGUUUUAUUGGGAUUUGUUUUAAUUUUGCUUCAGAUUUUCUUUCCUUUUAGUUAAAUGUUUAUGUUAAACAGGCGCUUGGAUGUGAAACCUUAAUACUCUAAACAGAGAUUUGGAAGAACUUCCACCAAAUGUUGCAUUUUAGGCUAAGUGAGCUUUACCAGAAGUGCUGUUUUUAUAUAACUAUUAACUGUUAAAUAUGCACUGCAUUAAAAUGCCUCCGAGCCAUAUACAUACAUAUUGUUAGCCUCAUAGUAUAACUGCCUAAGUCAUAUGUGACAUAGACAGUUAUACUAUGAGGCUACGAUAUGUACAUCUUGUACAAUCACACUGUCACUCCUGUGUUAGCAUUAAUCAGGGUGGUAAACCUUUCUAAGUGCCACUUGGUCUUGGUUUUCUGUUACUCUUUUACAAAGAAAUCUCAGGUGAAAAAAGGUCCCAGAACCUUAAGAAUCACCUUGUGUGUUUGUUUCGCUACAGCAGCUGUUCUGUUCAGUCCAGUAUUUUAUAAAUCUCCCCUUUUUUAGGCUUUGGGAUUUCGCAAUGCUCAGUACAGCGUUGCAAUGUUACUUUUGCACACACACAAAGAGGAGCAUUUGGAAAAAGUUUUAUGAAGGUUGCUCUUUGCCAAGGGUACGUCGUUGUUUAUUUAAAAUGAUGUCCCCAAAUUCUUAAAGGAUCCAUUAAUUCGAGAGAGGAACGUUGGAAAUGGAGGAGACUUGAAAUGUUUGUUGUUCUGUGCUUAGAAUUGUGUCUGUGCAAUGUGUAUAAAGGAAAGGUCAAGGAAGUGUUUUUGAUCAUUUUAAAUGUGGGAAAUUGCUGGUCAAUGAUGGAUAAUAUCUUGUAAGUGAUGUACUGUCACAAAGUUUUCCUGUUUUUUUUUUGGUUUUUUUUGAACAUGCACAUUGUAUGGAGUUUUUGUAUCAUUCGUUAGAUUUAUUGAAAAUGUAAAUAAAGCACUAAUAAUAAAAACUGGCUAAGUCCAGCUUAAAGAUAUGCAUGUUCGGAAGGUUUUAUAUUGUUCUGUGUCGCAAAGAAUGUACAAACGAAGCUUUGGAAAAUGUAACAAAAUAAACUAAAGCAACUGUCGA